CCCUCUUCCGUUCUUCCUCCUCACUUCUUUCCUCCCUUUCCCUCUCUCACCCUUCUGCCCUUCCUCUCAUUCACUUCCUUCCCUUCUCCCUCCCUCCUUCCUUCCUUGAGGAGGCUGGGCAGGAGUUUGGGACGGAGGAGGAGCUGGAGUUAGGAAGGAGGAAGGGUGUUUCCUGGCGAGUCUUGUUUGGAGUGACUCAGACAGGAAACUCCCAGCUUCGUGCGCGGCGGGCCUGCGAGGCAAGGGAAGUGGCCCGGGCCAAGGAGAGCAGACCCUCUCCGCUUCCUCCUCCUCCUCUUCUUCGGCCCGCGAAGGAGUGGCGCCUGGACCCGCGGAGAGAGGGAGAGAGAGAGACGGGGAGAGGAAGGCGGGCGCCGGGCCUGGCGAGGAGGCGGCUGCUGGAUUCAAAAUGACAGCUCAAGUUACUUUAGAGGACGCUUUGUCCAAUGUGGACCUUCUGGAGGAAUUGCCAUUGCCAGAUCAGCAACCUUGCAUUGAACCCCCUCCGUCAUCCUUGCUUUAUCAGCCAAACUUCAACACCAAUUUUGAAGACAGGAAUGCAUUUGUCACAGGCAUUGCAAGAUACAUCGAACAAGCAACUGUUCAUUCUAAUAUGAAUGAAAUGUUGGAAGAAGGCCAAGAAUAUGCUAUUAUGCUUUACACAUGGAGAAGCUGCUCAAGAGCCAUCCCUCAGGUGAAAUGUAAUGAGCAGCCAAACAGAGUGGAAAUUUAUGAAAAAACUGUGGAAGUUCUGGAGCCAGAGGUCACAAAACUGAUGAAUUUCAUGUAUUUUCAGAGAAAUGCAAUUGAAAGAUUUUGUGGAGAGGUGAAGCGUUUGUGUCAUGCAGAAAGAAGGAAGGACUUUGUGUCUGAAGCUUACCUCAUAACUCUUGGAAAGUUUAUCAACAUGUUUGCUGUUUUAGAUGAACUGAAAAAUAUGAAGUGUAGCGUGAAGAAUGACCAUUCAGCUUAUAAACGGGCUGCCCAAUUUUUGCGUAAAAUGGCUGAUCCUCAGUCUAUCCAAGAAUCGCAGAACCUGUCUAUGUUUCUUGCCAAUCACAACAAGAUUACGCAAUCUUUGCAGCAACAACUUGAAGUGAUUCCUGGCUAUGAAGAACUGCUUGCUGAUAUUGUAAAUUUAUGCAUAGAUUACUAUGAAAACAAAAUGUACCUAACACCGAGUGAGAAGCAUAUGCUCCUGAAAGUCAUGGGUUUUGGUCUGUACCUGAUGGAUGGCAGUGUCAGUAACAUCUAUAAGCUGGACGCAAAAAAAAGAAUAAAUCUUUCCAAGAUUGAUAAGUUUUUUAAGCAGCUGCAGGUAGUUCCACUGUUUGGCGAUAUGCAGAUCGAACUGGCAAGAUACAUUAAGACUAGUGCUCACUAUGAGGAAAAUAAGUCUAGAUGGACAUGCACUUCCUCCAGCAGCAGUCCCCAGUACAACAUCUGUGAACAGAUGAUCCAGAUAAGAGAUGACCAUAUGCGUUUUAUUUCAGAACUGGCUCGAUACAGCAAUAGUGAGGUAGUGACUGGAUCAGGCCGUCAAGAAGCUCAGAAAACAGAUGCCGAGUAUCGAAAACUUUUUGACCUUUCUCUCCAGGGCCUCCAACUUCUGUCUCAGUGGAGUGCACAUGUUAUGGAAGUGUAUUCUUGGAAGCUUGUGCAUCCAACUGACAAAUACUCUAACAAAGAUUGCCCAGACAAUGCUGAGGAGUAUGAAAGAGCAACACGAUAUAAUUAUACCAGCGAAGAGAAGUUUGCUCUUGUUGAGGUGAUCGCCAUGAUUAAAGGAUUGCAGGUAUUGAUGGGCAGGAUGGAAAGUGUCUUCAAUCAUGCUAUUCGCCAUACCAUCUAUGCUGCUCUUCAGGACUUUGCCCAAAUUACACUUAGAGAGCCCUUAAGACAAGCAAUCAAGAAGAAAAAGAAUGUCAUCCAAAGUGUUCUCCAGGCCAUCAGAAAGACGGUGUGUGACUGGGAAGGUGGGCGCGAACCAUUCAAUGAUCCUGCUUUGCGAGGAGAGAAAGAUCCCAAAAGUGGCUUUGACGUCAAAGUCCCAAGACGAGCUGUGGGUCCCUCUAGUACCCAGCUGUACAUGGUGAGAACCAUGUUAGAGUCCCUCAUUGCUGACAAAAGUGGUUCCAAGAAAACCUUGAGAAGUAGCCUUGAGGGCCCCACCAUAUUGGACAUAGAAAAAUUCCACCGAGAGUCUUUCUUCUACACUCACUUGAUAAAUUUCAGUGAAACCCUGCAGCAGUGCUGCGACCUGUCCCAACUAUGGUUCAGGGAAUUCUUCUUGGAACUGACCAUGGGCAGAAGAAUCCAGUUCCCCAUUGAGAUGUCUAUGCCUUGGAUUUUGACUGACCACAUUCUGGAAACAAAGGAAGCAUCUAUGAUGGAAUAUGUCCUGUAUUCUUUGGAUCUCUAUAAUGACAGUGCUCAUUAUGCACUUACGAAAUUCAAGAAGCAGUUUCUCUAUGAUGAAAUUGAGGCAGAGGUCAACUUGUGCUUUGACCAAUUUGUCUAUAAGUUGGCAGACCAGAUAUUUGGAUACUACAAAGUCAUGGCAGGAAGCCUUCUUCUGGAUAAGCGAUUAAGAUCAGAGUGCAAAAAUCAGGGAGCAACAAUUCCUUUGCUAACAUCGAACCGGUAUGAGACACUGCUAAAACAGAGGCAUGUCCAGCUUCUUGGUCGAUCAAUAGAUCUGAACCGCCUAAUAACUCAGCGAAUUUCAGCAGCCAUGUACAAAUCACUGGAGCUGUCAAUUGGCCGCUUUGAGAGUGAAGAUUUGACCUCCAUUGUGGAGUUGGAUGGCUUGGUAGAAAUAAACAAAAUGACGCAUAAGCUCCUGAGCAGAUACAUGACUUUGGACAGCUUUGAUGCCAUGUUCAGAGAAGCCAACCAUAAUGUAUCAGCUCCUUAUGGGAGAAUCACCCUGCAUGUAUUUUGGGAGCUCAAUUAUGAUUUCCUUCCAAAUUACUGCUACAAUGGGUCCACAAACAGGUUUGUUCGAACUGUGUUGCCAUUUUCCCAGGAAUUCCAGAGAGAUAAACAGCCGAAUGCACAACCCCAAUAUCUUCAUGGAUCAAAGGCUUUGAAUCUGGCAUAUUCCAGCAUUUAUAGCAAUUACAGAAACUUUGUUGGUCCACCACAUUUCAAAGUCAUAUGCAGGCUCCUGGGAUACCAAGGAAUUGCUGUGGUCAUGGAAGAACUACUGAAAGUGGUCAAGAGUCUGUUGCAAGGUACAAUAUUGCAAUAUGUGAAGACCUUAAUGGAAGUGAUGCCCAAAAUCUGUAGGUUGCCGAGGCAUGAAUAUGGCUCCCCAGGUAUUCUAGAAUUCUUUCAUCAUCAGCUGAAGGAUAUUGUUGAAUAUGCAGAACUGAAAACUGUGUGUUUCCAGAAUCUGCGAGAAGUGGGAAAUGCGAUCCUCUUCUGCCUCCUCAUUGAGCAGAGCUUGUCACUGGAGGAAGUAUGUGAUCUGUUGCAUGCAGCACCAUUCCAGAAUAUUUUGCCACGGGUUCAUGUCAAAGAGGGUGAAAGACUUGACGCUAAAAUGAAGAGGCUGGAGUCCAAGUAUGCACCACUCCAUCUUGUUCCACUGAUUGAAAGACUAGGAACGCCUCAGCAAAUUGCUAUUGCAAGAGAAGGGGACUUGUUGACCAAGGAGCGCCUUUGCUGUGGCCUGUCUAUGUUUGAAGUAAUCUUAACCCGGAUCCGGACCUUCCUUGACGACCCAAUCUGGCGUGGGCCUCUCCCCAGCAAUGGCGUGAUGCAUGUGGACGAAUGUGUGGAAUUUCACCGAUUGUGGAGCGCAAUGCAGUUUGUGUACUGUAUUCCGGUGGGAACGCAUGAAUUUACGGUGGAGCAGUGUUUUGGAGAUGGGCUGCACUGGGCUGGCUGCAUGAUUAUUGUGCUGCUUGGACAGCAGCGUCGAUUUGAUGUGCUGGAUUUCUGUUACCACUUACUCAAAGUGCAGAAGCAUGAUGGCAAAGAUGAGGUUAUAAAGAAUGUGCCUUUAAAGAAAAUGGUUGAGAGAAUCCGCAAGUUCCAGAUCCUUAAUGACGAGAUCAUUGCUACAUUGGAUAAAUAUUUGAAAUCUGGUGAUGGAGAAGGCACACCAGUGGAACAUGUCCGUUGCUUCCAGCCUCCAAUUCACCAGUCCUUGGCCAGCAACUAGAACAGAUCCGUCUCUUCUUCUCCUUUUGAGAUUAUCACACAGUGUACCAUGUUUCCAGGCUAGAUUUGACGGUGAAUGAUAUUGUACUGACCUUCACUGAUUUCCAUUAUCACCUGAACCUUUUGAAAGGAGCAGGUCUUUAGUUUCAAUUCCAAGUACUAUAACUGUACACAGUUCUCCAAUUUUUAGACUAUUUUUUGUAUACCUUUUAUAAAAAGGCUUUGGAAUGUAACCUAUUUUUAGUCUUAAAAUCGUUGGUAUUUCUCCAGCUUUGUAAUCAUUUUAGAGUGGUUUGGUGUAUGGAUUUUUCCUCCUUUUGUCUAUUAGCAAAAUGAAAAUCUAAUAUGGGAUGGCGGGGGGGGGGGACGGGGACGGUGUUUGUAAUUAUCUUGUAUAAGAAAAGCAUUAAGCUGCUCAGCUAGCCUUUAGGAAAUUUUUAGCAACUCCGCAAGGAUCUUUUAAUCUAAUCUCCGGAAUGUUUUAUCUAGGAAUAUCUGUGGCCAAGUAUGUAAUCUGUUUUGGAAUAAAUGUUUUAAGGGGAAUUUUUAAAACAAGACAAUGAAAUAGAUACAAUUAA